GAUGCCUUCCCUUAGUACUGGGGUUGGGAUCUCCUACCACCACCGACAGCAGGAGGAGGACGAGGAUGAUGGAGUCCGGCGUUCCCCUCUGCAACGCCUGUGGCGAGCCCGUGGGGUCUUCGUCCAGUGGUGAGGUCUUCGUCGCUUGUCAUGGUUGCAACUACCCACUAUGCCGGCCCUGUCUCGACGAUGAGAUCAAAGAGGGGCGUCAGAACUGCCUGAGGUGUGGGGAGCCUUACGUCCACGCCGCUGUGGAAAAAGCGGAUGUCAAUUAUGAGGAUCAAGGUGCAAGAUCGACACUGGCAUCUCAUCUCGAAGAUUACCAGGAUGAAGGCGGUCAUGCCAGAAACUUGAGCAGCCUCUCUAUGGUUGAAAGUGAGACAAAUGGGGAAUCUGGGAAUCCAAUAUGGAAGAACAGAGUAGAGAGUUGGAAGGAGAAGAAGAAAGAGAAAAAAUCUUCAAAGAAGGAGGGAAAAACACAAAUUCCAGUGGAACAGCAUAUAGAAGAGAAUGAAUCUUUAGAAGCCUGGCAGCCACUUUCAACUGUAGUUCCAAUUUCACGUAAUAAACUUACACCUUAUAGGGCUGUGAUUAUAAUGAGGCUGAUAAUUCUUGGGCUCUUCUUCAAUUAUAGAAUAACCAAUCCUGUUGACAGUGCUUAUGGUCUAUGGCUAACGUCAGUCAUAUGUGAGAUUUGGUUUGCAUUCUCUUGGGUCUUGGAUCAAUUUCCUAAGUGGUCGCCUAUCAAUAGAGAGACAUAUAUUGACAGGCUGUCUGCAAGAUAUGAAAAUAAUGGUGAAGACUAUGGGCUUUCUGCUGUGGACUUCUUUGUUAGUACAGUGGAUCCAUUAAAAGAACCGCCACUGAUUACUGCAAACACUGUGCUUUCAAUUCUUGCUGUGGACUAUCCUGUUGAGAAGGUCUCUUGCUAUGUAUCUGAUGAUGGUUCUGCUAUGCUAACCUUUGAGACUCUUGUGGAAACAGCAGAGUUUGCAAGAAAGUGGGUCCCGUUUUGUAAAAAGUAUUCAAUUGAACCACGGGCACCUGAGUUCUACUUUUCACAGAAAAUUGACUACUUGAAGGACAAAGUACAGCCAUCUUUUGUCAAGGAGCGUAGAGCUAUGAAAAGAGAUUAUGAAGAGUACAAGGUGAGGAUAAAUGCUUUAGUGUCUAAGGCUCAGAAGACACCAGAAGAAGGAUGGGUUAUGCAAGACGGAACACCAUGGCCAGGGAAUAAUCCACGUGACCACCCUGGCAUGAUUCAGGUUUUUCUUGGACAUAGUGGUGUUCCUGACAUAGAAGGAAAUGUUCUUCCUCGGCUUGUCUAUGUUUCAAGAGAGAAGAGACCUGGAUACCAGCAUCAUAAAAAAGCUGGUGCCAUGAAUGCGCUGGUUCGGGUAUCAGCAAUCUUGACAAAUGCUCCAUACAUUCUUAACCUUGAUUGUGAUCACUAUGUCAAUAACAGCAAAGCAGUUCGUGAGGCAAUGUGUUUCAUGAUGGACCCACAAGUUGGAAGGGAUGUCUGUUAUGUUCAGUUUCCUCAGAGGUUUGAUGGUAUUGAUCGCAGUGAUCGAUAUGCCAAUCGGAACAUUGUCUUCUUUGAUAUUAACAUGAAAGGGCUUGAUGGCAUCCAAGGACCAGUUUAUGUGGGAACUGGUUGUGUUUUCAACAGGCAGGCACUGUAUGGCUAUGGACCACCAUCCUUACCAGCCCUUCCAAAGUCAUCAUGUUGUUCAUGGUGCUGCUGCUGCCGCUCUAAGAAAGCUCCCAAAGAUCAAACUGAAGUUUAUCGAGACUCUAGAAGGGAGGAUCUCAAUGCUGCCAUAUUUAAUCUAAGAGAAAUUGACAAUUAUGAUGAAUAUGAGAGGUCUUUAUUGAUCUCCCAAAUGAGCUUUGAGAAGACUUUUGGGCUGUCUUCAGUGUUCAUCGAAUCAACUUUAAUGGAGAAUGGGGGAGUGGCUGAGUCUGCAAAUCCAUCAACACUGAUCAAAGAAGCAAUUCAUGUCAUUAGCUGUGGAUAUGAGGAGAAAACUGAAUGGGGAAAGGAGAUUGCUUGGAUAUAUGGAUCUGUUACAGAAGAUAUCUUGUCAGGAUUUAAGAUGCAUUGCCGUGGAUGGAGAUCAAUCUACUGCAUGCCAUUGAGACCUGCUUUCAAAGGAUCCGCACCCAUCAAUCUCUCUGAUCGUCUUCACCAGGUUCUUCGGUGGGCUCUUGGUUCUGUUGAGAUCUUCCUUAGCCGACACUGCCCGCUUUGGUAUGGAUAUGGGGGUGGCCGUCUCAAAUGGCUUCAAAGAUUGGCUUAUAUAAAUACCAUUGUCUAUCCGUUCACAGCCCUCCCUCUCAUUGCUUACUGCUCUUUACCUGCCAUUUGUUUGCUUACUGGGAAGUUUAUCAUUCCAACGCUUUCCAACAUUGCAAGUGUCUGGUUCCUUGGGCUCUUCAUCUCCAUCAUUUUGACAAGCGUUCUGGAGCUUCGGUGGAGUGGUGUGGGCAUCGAAGACUGGUGGCGUAACGAACAGUUCUGGGUGAUUGGAGGGGUCUCUGCACAUCUGUUCGCCGUCUUUCAGGGAUUUCUAAAGAUGCUGGCAGGCCUCGACACCAAUUUCACUGUAACAGCAAAAGCUUCAGAUGAUGCUGAGUUUGGCGAGCUCUACGUGUUCAAGUGGACGACACUCUUAAUUCCUCCAACGACCCUUCUCAUUCUGAAUCUUGUGGGUGUCGUUGCAGGAUUUUCAGAUGCCUUGAACAGUGGAUAUGAAUCCUGGGGGCCUCUUUUUGGGAAAGUAUUCUUUGCUUUAUGGGUGAUACUGCAUCUUUAUCCAUUCCUCAAGGGUCUCAUGGGGAGGCAGAACCGCACUCCGACCAUCGUUGUGCUGUGGUCAGUGCUACUGGCAUCAGUUUUCUCCCUUCUCUGGGUGAAGAUUGAUCCAUUCCUGAGCAGCUCAGAUGGCUCCACAUCCGAAAGCUGCAUUUCCAUCGAUUGUUGAGCUUGUCAAGGUGGAAAUGAAAUUUGAUGUGUUUAUUGUGUCAGGGGAGCUCUCGGUAUGGGUUCCAAUAAAAAAAAUUUUGUGCAAUUAGCAGGAAAAAAAAAAGACUGAUUGGUGUGUGGAGAUCAACUUUAUACAGUGCAAUAGUUCUGGAGAGUUUGUGAGAAACCUUCACUUAAACUGUAUGUUAUGCACUUUUUUUAAUUUUCAUGAUAUAUAAAUGCCAGUGCAAAGGUAUUAAGCUUCUGUAGAUAA